AUGGAAUUAAGUCAAUUAAUAAUAGAAACCAGGAAAUUCCUAGGACUUUCACAAUUCAAAGAAGCUUUAAAAUUAUUAAAAAAAUAUAAAUCUCAAUUUAAUGAAUCAUGUGAAUUUUUACAAAUUUUUGGUGAAACUUAUUUAGAAAAUGGUAAAGUUGAAAAAGCUUAUGAAUUCUUGGAAAAAUCAUGCUCAAUGGAUUUAGAAGGUCAUUAUGGAUCAGAAAAAUUUUUUUAUUUAGGACAAAUAAUUGGUGGUUCCAAGGGGAUUGAAUUUAUUGAUCAUGGUAUUAAUCAAUUAACUACAAAAUUACAACAAAAUGAAGAAUCAUCAGAAAUAACAAAGAAACAAUUGAUCAAGAAAUUAAACCAAGGUUUAUUUGCAGAGAUUGAAAUUUGGAUGACUGAUUUAUGUAUGGAACCUGAAGCCGAGACAAAAUGUAAUGAAUUAAUUAAUCAAUCAUUAACUAUUGAUGAUUCAAAUCCUGAAAGUUGGUCAUUAUUAGCUUCAAUUAGAAUUAGUCAACAACGUGACCAGGAAGCUUCGGAAGCUAUUACAAAAGCAUGGGAUUUAUUUGAAUCUAAAAAAACUGGAUUAGAAGAUAAUAACAAUAUAAAUACUGGCGAAUUAGAUUCAGAAGACCUAAGUAAUGAAUAUGUUGAAUUGAUACAACCUUUGAUUACAUUGGCUAGAUUUUCUAUAGAAUUGGGACUUUAUGAAUUAGGUGGAGUUAUUGCUUCAAAUGUUCGUGAUAUUGAUGAAGAUAAUGUUGAAAGUCUUUAUUUAGAAGGUUUUGCAAAUUAUUUAAUUGUUAAGAAGCAUCAAUAUGAUUCAAAAUUCCCAAAUUAUGAUGCUGAUCAAUUUGAUGGGUUUAUAAUUAAUUCUGGAGAUGUUAAAUUUAAUGAAAAUUUAAAACAAGUUAAAUUAAAUUUAGAACAAGUUUUAAAAAUUUCAAAUCAAUUUGAUGUUGAUGAAGAUAUUAUAAAUCAUUCACAAUUUUUAAUUUCAGAGAUUGGAGAUUUUAAAAUUGAUGAUGAUUUGGAUAUAAAUAUUGAUGAAAAUAAUUGGGAAGAUAAGAUUAAUAGUGAUGAAGAGUAG